AUGGCUCAACUGGAUUCAUUGCUAGUGCAGGGGAUCCGAGCUAUUGGGCCGGACGCUGAGGACGCGCACGUGAUCAAAUUCCAGAACCCGCUCACGAUCAUCGCCGGGCCGAAUGGAUCCGGGAAAACGACCCUCAUCGAGGCGCUGAACUUCAUCACCACCGACACGAAGCCGUCCGGCCAGUAUCCGGCGUUUAUUCACAAUUUGGAGAUUUGCGGCCGACCACGCGUCGACGGGCUGGUGAAGCUCAAGUUCCAAUCGGCCAAUGGCAAGCAGGUCACCGCCACGAAGCGUCUGUGUCUUUCCAGGGCCCCGAGGACCAAUAAAUUGACGGGCAAGCAAGAGGAGAGCACAAUUGUCACCGAAGAUGUGCACGGCAACAAGGUGUCGCUGUCGUCGAAGGUGGCCGACACGAAAACCGAGAUUUUGAACCUCUUCGACGUGCCGUCAGCCAUCCUCACCAACGUCAUCUUCUGCCACCAGGAGAAUUCCACGUGGCCCCUCGCCGAGCCCAAACAGGUCAAGGAGAAGUUUGACGCCAUCUUCGAGCUGUCCAAGUACGUCAAAGCCGUCGACAAGCUCAGGAAGCUGGCCAAGGAUGAGAACAACGAGCUGCAAGUCAUCUACUCGGACUUGAAGCUGCUGCAGAGCCACUUCUUCGACAAGAAAACGAAAGAGCGCGAAAUUGCUGAGCUGAAGCUGCGCCUGCAAGAGUACAGCAACGUCCUGGAGAUGUACAACACGAAGAAGACGAACGCCCAGGAGAUGUUGGUGCAAAUCAGGGAGGAGAAGCGCCUCUACCAAGUCAUGUCCGUGGAUAUUAUGCGCAACGAGGCGACGCUGACCUCGAUGCGGGACAAGCUGACGAUGUUCAACGUGCCCGACUACCCGGGCAGUCAGCUGGAGCUGCAGGCGGAAAUUGAGAGGCUCGAACGCUCACCCGACUUUCAAAAUAUCGCCCAACGACGCGCCGAAAUCGAGGUGCAAAUGAAAAAGGCAGCGGCGGAGCGCCAAAAAGCGCUACAGGAACGCGAGGCGCUGGACGGCCGCAAAAUCGAGAUGACCGCCGUGAUCAAGCAAAGCGAGCAGUGCACCGAGGAGAUCCGGCGGAAAGUCCAGGAAGUGUGCGAGCGAUUUGACUUCCAAAUCGACGGCCCCUUCGUGCAGCAGAUCCAGGCGUUUUUGCAGAAGCAGAACAACGAGUUGGACAAGUUGAAGAAGUCGCUUGGCGAUGAAAAGGGCCUCCUGGAGACGACCAAGGACCAGGCGGUCUCUAAGGCACAACAGGCCAAAUUCGAGUUAAAGGCUAAAUCUGAACACCUCGAAAAGACCGGCGAGGCGCUCGACGCGCUGAAGCGCAAGCGCCAAAUGAUUUCGAAUGGGCAGGAGGAGCUGGAAUCCCUGCAGCGCCGCCUCGCCCAGCUCGAGCGCCAGCGCGACGCGUUCCCGCGCGCGGACGCCGGCGCGAUCGACCAGCUGAAGCAGCGCCGCAAUGGCGCCCAGCAAAAGCUCCUCACCACCAAGGCCGAGCACGACAACCUCCUCCACCUCGAGGAGUUCGAGAAGGCGCUCGCCCGCGCCACCGCCAAGCAGGGCGACGAGCAGCGCCGUUUCGCCGAGCUCGUCCGGCGUCACGAGGCCGAUUUCGGGGUGUUUUGGCCGGAUGAUACGCCCGUUUUCCCGGUCGGCGACAGCGUCAAGGAACUGGCCGCCGACUUGAAGGAGCAGGCCGACGAGCUGAAUGCGACCGGCCAAGCUUUGGAAAAGACGGUGCAACAGGAGCGGGCCGCCGAGCACAGCCGCAAUAAUGAGAGGUCGCGGCUCCGGCAGCAGAUCAGCGGCCUGGAGGAGGAGAUUAGCCAGCUUGCCAAUGGUACCGUAUACUCGGAAGUGAGCGCCGUCUUGUCGACAGCUAGGGAACGCCUAAAAAAGGCGCGCAAGCAGCUCGGCCCGCUCGAGGCAAAGUCCGUCCUCUACGACACGUGGAUCGAGGAGUCGGAGGCGAAACACGGCUGCCCGCUGUGCGACCGGAAAUUCCCGUCGAAAGCCGGCUAUAAGGACUUUGUGGAUAAGCUCUCGAAACUCUCCAUCUCGCUGCCCGGCGAGAGCGAGCAGCUCGCCCGGCAGGUGGCCGAGCUCGAGCAGGAGGAGACGCUGCUCGUCAACGCCGACGCGAAGGGCCAGAAUAUUGAGCCCCUGGCCGCCGCCCUGCGCGAACUCGAAGCUCAAGCCGAGGCAGGAAAUCGUCGCCUUGCCGAGGCUGAGCGAAAAUUGACGGAGUUGAACAAGCGCCGCGGCAGCGUCACCAACAGGCUCGACGCGAUCAACCGGCUUUUGCUCGACGUCAACAUGAUGGACUCGUUACACGGCAGCCUGGAGGCCGGGAAGGCCGAGAUUGACAGGCUAAACCGCCAGCUGGGUGGCCAGAGCGGAGCCCGAUCGUUGAGUGACGUCAAGGCCGAGAAGGUCGAGCUCGAGGAUGAGGUCAACAGGUUGCUGCUCGAGGAAGACCGACUGCAGAACGAGUACAACAAGGUCAACCAGCUGGCCGAGGAGAUCAACCGCCUGCAAUCACGUCGCCUUGAACUUGGCGAAGGUGCGGCGAACCUGGCGCAUUUUGACGUGCAAAUCCGCGAAAAGGAGCAAGAGGGCACGCAACUGAGGGAGGAGUCGGCGGCGUUGCGGGCACGUAUUCCGGAUUUGCGGAUGGCGGAAGCGGUAGGAUUUUUU